GCUUCGAUCCCAUCGAUUAGCUCUGACGAUUUCUAGAGAGAGACAGAAAUCAAAUCAUAAACAAAAAGGAAAAUCAAAUUCUUCGAAUUUUCCUUUAUAUUCUGAAAUUUAAUUUUUUAAGAAGGAAAAUUGCAAUCAUCUCUCUGUGGGAGGUUUAAGAUCGAGAAGUUGGAUUGGAAUCAAUCGGAUUUCUAGGGUUUUGAUAUCGGAAUUGGGGUUUUUUUUUUAGCGAUCUGAUUGACGGUCAGGAUUGAUCGGCAUCGAAUAGGUAACGGACGAGUUUUUUUGAAUUUUGAGAUUUGGGAUUCUAGGGUUUGUGGAGUUUCCUUCGAAAUUGGGGGAAACGAUGAACGAUCAGUCAAAGCUGAUGAAUCGAGCGCCGCCGAUGAUGAGUUUGAGCCAAGCUCAAGUGAUGAACCAGCCGCUGCCACAGAUGAUGAGUCAGCCGCAGCCGCAGAUGAUGGCACCGUCGUCGCAGGCCAUGGCGGUUCAGCAGCAAUCUCAGUUGAUGAUGAUGAAGAGUCAGUCUCAGCCGAUGAUGAUGAAUCGGAACUACAAGGCUUGGCCUCAGCCGCAGCCUCAAUUCGCUGCCCAAAAGCCGCCGCCGUCGAAUCUUGGGCGUAACAAUUGGAAAGGCAAGAAGGGCGGAGAUAAGAGGAGGAUGGACAAGAAUGUCCCCAAUUUGCCGCUGAGUGGUCAGACCAGCGGAGGAGGAGGAGGCGGAGGAGGAGGGUACAUACCGCCGACGCUUCACGAGUUACAGUCUCAGAAUCGAAUGAAAGCCCGGAAAUUUUACCCGAAAAAGAAGUUUAACAAUAGGUUUGCGCCUUACGCCCCAAGGAACACGACGUCGUUUAUUAUUAGAGCGAAGAAGGCCGGCGGCAUAGCCUCGCUGGUUUCACCUUGUGCCGUAACUCCGGCUGUUCUGCCCACGCCCAUGUUCUCGCCUUCGAGCGAGGUCUUGGGAGAUAUGGCGAAAGAGGAGUGGGGUAUUGAUGGCUAUGGGUCAAUGAAAGGGUUGAUUCGGCUUCGGUCACCUGGAAAUGAUGACGAGGAGGGUGGUGGCGGAUCGAGUGAGAGCGAUGUGGAGGAGCAUGUGGAGGUGGAGAGGAGGUUGGACCAUGACUUGAGUCGGUUCGAGAUGGUGUACCCGAACUACAGCGGGGUUGAGUAUAACAAUGCUUUGGAGAAUAGGGUGGAUGAUCAGGAUACUCAUAUUGCUCAAUUAGAGGAAGAGAAUCUGACCUUGAAGGAGAGGCUUUUCUUGAUGGAGAGGGAGUUGGCGGAUUUGAGAAGGAGGAUGCAGUUCAUUGAGAAGAGGUACCAUGUGAUGGGGGAGGUCAAUGAAGAGGUGGUGGAAAAUGGAUCUGAAAAUGAUAGUGAUGGAGGGUCGGAUGCCCCUCAUAUGGGUACAGAGGGUGAGAGCAAUCCUGAGAUGGUAGAGUAUGUGUCGAGAGAUGGAGGAAGCAGAAGUGUUGGCCCAUUGGCCGAGGAUGAAAUUGUUAGGGAUGUUGAUGUAGGGAUGGAAGAAUAUGUGCCCGAUGAAAUGAUUUUGAAGGUAAAUGAGGCGAAUGAUGAAACACGAAAUGAGUUUGUAGGUAACGAAGAGGUUGAGGAAUUUAAGAGUGAGCUUACCCCAGAAGAACUAAUUGGAAAUAAAAAUGAGGUUGAAGAUAAGAAAGUGAAGGAUGAAGUCGAGUCAAGAAUGUGACUGAGUUAGUGCAGGGUGAGCUGAAUGCAAAGAAGGAUGAGGAGAUGGGAAUUGCGUGCCCGGAGAAGAGCAUUGGCGACGGUGACUAAUCUGUCCCGCGUUAAUUUCACCUGUAUUUUUGUAUGGAAGUGACUUACUCUCCUUGCUUAAAUCUUCUGUAUCGCACGUGAUGGUGGCUCCAGCCGCGCAGUUUGAAGUCUUCAGCCUCUUUGACGACGCUGAAUUUGCACUUUUGCUCGUUUUGAAGGGGAUGAAUUAGCGCGUUGGAAAUUCAAAAGUUCCACGCAUGGAUGUCAAAAACCAGUACAAGUGGGAGUCUACGAGGAACAAGACUUGAUUGUAGGUUGAUAAAGCUGCUUCAUCUUUGUUUCAUUCGGUUGAUGCAUCACUACAUAACCAUCCUGGGGAGCCUUCUGGGAAUGUUUUUACAGACGAGAAGAUGGCUGCUGUGGCAUAGCUCUUCCUUGUUCGAACAUCAAUUUUUUCACGAAUAUUACUCGAGUAGCUUCUGGUUGAGGUUCAUCUGGCUUAUUGAUGGUAAAGCCCAUUUGCUUCAGUCUGAAGCCGACGGACCAAGUAUUCCGAAUCACUCAUUUCAAAUCUUAUUGCCCCAAUUAAUCCAACUCACUGGCUCAUGUUUUUUUUAAAGAAAAAUGCAAUAUUUUUUAUUUUUGCAAAAUAUUUUUCAUCAUGAUUAAGAAAAACUUUAUAAGAAUUUGAAAGUUGUUUUACCA